UUAUAGUAGGCCACGAGGCAGCAGCUCUCGUGCUUCCACAGGCGUAGCGCGUACAUCGGCUCGCUCUCUCUCUCUCUCUCUCUCUCUUUCUCCUCGUUUCUGUUACGGCGCGCCGAAACGCGUAUCGAGCGUCGUGAAAACCGCGUCGCGGAAUCGUGUUCGCAUUUCGUCGGGUCUACAAUUUCGCAAAGGAGCGGAGAAGAUACGAGCGAGCAGGCGAGAGGCGAGAGGAGCAGGCUCUCUCGGGCUCGCGCGGGAUCGCGAUCGAUGUCGAGUCGCCGCGAGUUUCUUCGACGCGAAAUCGACGCGUUUCGACAUCGCCGGGUCGUCGACGCUGACCGACCGCGGGGGAAGGUGAAUCCUGUGGUGCCUCAUGAGGUUGCGCACAUGAGUGGCCGCAUCUUCGUCAGAAGCGCGCCAAGACGUCACUUGUAAGAGCGCACUUGCGCAAGAGGUGAAUUUGAAGGCUCGGAGGAGAGGCUCUCUCGACGGGGAGAAAGCAGACGGCCGGUCGAGCCGACGAGUUUGCACCGUGACGACGUCGCGCACUCUCGUCCCAAGUCGUCUCUAUAUUUCAGUGUCUCCUGGCCGCGGGAUAGUCGAGGACGUGUCCAGAAUGACGAAAGCACUGGCGCUUGCGAGCUGUCCUUAUCGCGCCGCGGAUUGAUCGCAAUCGGGCCGAUUUGCGCGCGUAAGCCAGCCGACAAACCUUCGCGUAAAUGGCGAUUCUCCGGUGCAGCCUAGGCAUCGAGAGAGGCGAAUAAUUCGCGAGUGAGAGAUCGGCCUUGUAAGGGAAAGAGAAAAUUCGCCGGAGACCGUCGGUGUAUCUUUCUCCCGCCGACACAACGCGGCAGAGUUGUCUCCUCGUUCCUCGCCUCGCUCUUAUCGCCGAGCCGUGUAAAACGCGAGAGGAUGCAAGCUCGUUGACGUCUUCCCCGCACCUACCUGCCGAGACGCCUGCCGUGGCUGACGAUGGAUUUCUAACCGCUCGCAAUGAUGGUGGACUUUUAAAGAGGCUUCCGGGAUAGUCCAGAGACGUGAGAUGAUCGGCAAACUUUUGCUGACAUUUUGGAUAAUACGAUGGACCAGUUUUUUCGAUCCCGCUGCGGGUCAAGGGUUCUCGUCCUUGGACGAGAGUCAGGACGAAGUGAACGACAUGGAGAUCUUUCGCGCGGUCGUCGAGUCGAUGCGCCAGUGGACGCUGCGCAAGAUGUAUCACCACAGGGGGAAGAGGGAAGUGUCCAAAGUUUGUUACGAGGAUAUUGGUUGCUUCGAGGACACCGUGCCGUUCAGUUACCUCGAGAUGCUACCGUCGCCGCCUAAGGACGUCGGCACCAGAUUUCUCGUAUACGGGAGCAGGAAGGCGAGAUCGAUUCCGAUGGAGGUGCCCGCAGACGACAUAAACGACAAAGCAAACCGUGCCAUAGAUCCCGACCUACCGACCAAAGUGAUCGUCCACGGAUUCGGGAGCGAUUGCAAUUACUUGUGGGUGUACGAUAUGAGAUCCGCGCUGAUGAGCAUCCACGAUUGCAACAUAGUGUGCGUCGACUGGGGCCCCGGCAGCGCCGUGCCCAAUUACGUGAGAGCGGCGGCUAACACACGACUGGUGGGCCGGCAAUUGGCGAAAUUAAUUCGCAGCUUGAACGUGCCGCUGGAGAAGGUGCACCUGAUAGGAUUCAGUCUGGGUGCGCAUGUGGCCGGAUUCGCUGGAGCCGAAUUAGGCAACGUUUCCAGGAUCACCGGACUGGAUCCGGCGGGGCCGCUUUUCGAGUCGCAGGACCCGAGGGCGCGCUUGGACGCGACGGACGCGAAUUUCGUGGACGUGAUCCACAGCAACGGCGAGCAGCUGAUCCUGGGCGGACUCGGCUCAUGGGAGCCCAUGGGCGACGUGGACUACUACCCGAACGGCGGCAAGGUGCAGAGCGGAUGCUCGAACCUCUUCUUCGGCGCCGUCACCGACAUCAUCUGGUCAAGCGCCGUCGAGGGCAGGUCGCUGUGCAACCAUCGGCGGGCGUACAAGCUCUUCACCGAUUCCAUCAACCCCAAGUGCCACUUCCCGGCGUUUCCCUGCGAUCAGGGCUACGAGGGUCUGCUGAAGGGUGACUGCUUCUCUUGCAGCGUGGAUCGACCCUGCGGCGAGAUGGGUUAUUACAGCAAUGAGUCGUCCGCUCGAGGCCAACUCUACCUCGUCACGAGAGACGAGGAGCCCUUCUGCGCGCACCAGCAUCAGAUCAAGGUGUAUAACAGCCGCAGCGAGAGGUCCGUCAGGAGCUACGGCAAGCUUCAGAUCACCUUUGUGGGAGAAGGCUCUUACAACGACACGUUCGCUAUGACGCGCAAGGACGAGGAGCUUCUCGUAGGGUCCAUCCUUCAAAAGAUCGUCGUGCCGCAUCCAGCGAUCAGCAGUCUCGAGGGAAUCGAGAUCAUGUACACGGCGUACAGCGGCUGGAUAUCGUCCGGCUUGGUGUCUUGGACCAUCGACAAGGUGACCAUCGUCGACAGUUUCGGCAAGACCAUGUCGGUCUGCAGGAAAGGUUUGACCCUGGAGUCCGGCCGGUCGGUUUACCUACCUCUUUACCCCGGCGAGUGCAACAUACCCUUAGACACUGACAACUCUACAUCCUCGUCGACGGUGCCGUCGCUCGAGCACGUGACCGACGAGAAGAAGCAGUCGCAGCAACCGCAGCAGCAGCAGCAGCAGCAGCAGCAGCAGCAGCAGCAGCACCUCUACCAGCACCACUAUCAGCACCAGAACGGCGGGAUCGGGCCGUUCACGAAGGAGCACAACUAUGAGACGAAGGAAGGAUAUCUCACGGAGGCGCUACCAGUUGAUAGGAACGCGGAGGAGAGGAGAGGUCUCGGUCCGUUCACGAAGGAACAGAACCUUCGCAUCUCCGACGACGUCGAGGCGAGCCGGCGCGGCUCGGUCGCGACGAACCCGUGGAUCGUUCUCGACAUAUCAAACGACGGCGACUCCAACUCCUUGGAGAACACGGAACUGGAGCGCGGUCGGGGUUUCUCCGGCGGCAGCAAUCUCAUCUACCGCACGUCGACGCCGUUGGAGCCGGUGGUCGAGACCACCACUGGCCUCACCACCACGGAGUACUUGCCGGAGAUCAGGGAACCGGUGCUGCGGCCGAGCAAGAAGGAGUCCGGCAGGUCGCUCAAGCUACCCGAGAUCACGGAGCCGAUCCUGCGGCCGCGCGCCACCCGGCAGAACGCGCAGAACGAGGCGGUGUCGCACGAGCGGCAGCGCGACGAGAUCCAGGAGACGUCGUCCACCUCCGCCAGGGCGUUCACCGUGCAAUUCUUGCCCGAGAGACUGGCCAUCAUCCUGGCGCAGGCUGAGCGAUACGCCAGGCAAACACUGCUACCCUUGAUCUCGCAGUACACGCCGAGCUUCGUCAGCGGCAUAAGGCAGGAGGAGCCCAAAUACUUCCCUCUUUUGAGCGACAUGCUGCGCUCGAGGAGUGCAACCACCGAGGUCAACAAGACCACUCGGCAGAAGAAUCAGGACGAUCAGGCAGCGCAACUGAACAGCAGCCGGCGCAGAUCCAACGAGUCCUCCAGUCCCGAGGACUCGUCCUCGUCGUCGAGUGUGAGAGUGGACAACAGUGAAAGCACCUCCGAGUACACUGUGCCGAGAGCCGAGGUGCCGGUGGUAGUGGAAGCCGUGUACCCGAUGAAGACAACGAGCGGCAAUCUCAGCAGUCAAGACGAUCAAUGGCGGCCGAUCAAUGAGCCGACGACGAUGUCUCCGGAGAACGUCCCGUCGCGAAGACCUUUGAACAACUCACGAGCGCUCGACUGGUCGGUGGACUACAGCCAAGACUGGACGUCGAGGACGGCCGACUCGGAGGCGCGACCGGCGAAGACCAACGAUUGGGUGCCGAUCACGAUGAAGAGCGGCGUUACGACCGUACGCAGCGCGACGUCGAGCGAGGAGACGUCGGUGAGCAGAGAGACCAACGUCAUCGAGCAGAAACCUGCCGAAGGUCAGGUCCUCGUGGAGGCGGACGAGAAGGUCAACACGUACGAGAGGAAAUUUAUACCUCUGGUCGAUCUGGAGGAAACAUCCGGUGCGUCGCCUUUGUCGGCCGAUUCCAAUGACAUUCCUGAAUCGCGCUCGAGCUCCACCACGGUCGCCACGCACAUCCAGAAGAUCCCGCGGUACAAGGACGCGAAGGAGAAGAGCAGCAGGGCGCUGGUGAGGUCCACGAUGAUGUUCCCGUACGCCUACGAGCGAAGGAAAGAUCCCAGGACGAGGUACAUACCGUUCAUCCCGGAGGAGGACAUGGGCAAGCCUUACUCGCUCAUGGAGAGGGAUCGUUAACGUCGAGCGCGUUGCAGACAAAGUAGGACGCGAACGGUCGCCGAAACAUUCGCGUUGUUCACGACUAGCUAGUUUCCCGACACGUACAUGUGCUUCUUUUUAACGCGAUGGAACUUUCUAAGGCGCGCGCGCAUUAUUCGACGUUACCACGAUGACUGAUAUAGUGGGAGAUUUCCGCAGGGAAACUGAAACUCGCUGUCGAGAGCCGUGGAAUUAGUCGUGCGUCGAAAUUACUUCGAUAAGGACCUGUGUAUCCGGCCGAGGAUCUUUUUCUCUAAAGCUCAAGGAUACGGCCAAGCACAGCUGUCUCUUGAACAUCCGACGGAAGCGAUAAUUCGAGUUCCGGCGGUGUUUCUUACGAAAUGAACAUUUCCGGGUACGAGUGAAAUAUCUGUCUACGAUCUCGACACGCAAGACGAUAGUCUAAUAAUACGUUCGCUAUCAGGCUCGCGCACGUGUGAUGCACCGAUCUCUCGAGAGGAACAAACGUCUCAUCGUACGUAUGUGCGACAGCGAUCAUGAGCGAAUUAAGUGUUUUAAUAUAGAGAGAGAGAGAGAGUACAGAGCGGUUCAGCACAGAACAAUAAACGCAUACUGCAUCCGAGUGAAUGUUACUUGUUUCAAGUGUUUCACAAGUUUAUGUGCGCGCGAAUCUGACACAAGUUCGUCACGAGGACAAAAUUUGCUCAAAAUAUAAUCCCCCUAGCAGGUUUUAGUACCCCAAUCAAGAAUACUAAAUUGAUUUUACAACAUAUUGUGAAAAAAGAAUAAAUUCUUCUUCCAAUUAUACGAUAAUAAGCUUUUCUAAAAUUCGCGCGAAUACA